AACGAAGAUAUUGAGCCCAUGAACAUGUUUUAACGCACGCAGUUUAUAUACGUAUUAGCCAAUUGAAUGCGUUUUAACAUGAAUAAUCGUCCGUUUUAGGAUGUUAACAAGAAAAGAAUAAAUUUGAAAAUAGUCACUUGUUAUAAAUCUUUUCUAUAGCAUUAUGCUAUAGAAAUGAAGAUUUGUAGUAAAGCAAAGAAAUAUCAAUGUAUUAAUGGUAAGUACUUCCACUUCGAUUGGGUACUGAAUGAAAACAUAAAUUUACGAACAAGAGGAAAUUGAAUAUCAGUUCCAGGUUAAAAAGCGAGCUUUCGAAUAAUAGAUUGUAAAUUAGUAACUUCUUAUGCUGUUUCAUGAUAAAUUCCAUACAAUAAGUUUGUACAAAAAAGAUGUACGUACGCAUGUUGUAGUCGAUGAAGUUUACGAUAUUAAAUGCUAAUAUUGUCCUCGCUAGUAUAUUUAUAUCGGCUUUUCUAUGGAAAAAAGUACAAAGAUGUGUUAAAUCAUCCAUGGCAACAAAAUAAAAAGAAAUAAAUAAUUCGAUUAGAUCCUUGAAAAAAAACGGCCGAGAAAAGUUUGGUUACUUAUAUAACAAAAAAGAUGAUAUUCGAUGUACAAUAAAGGCACUUAAACAGUCAAGUGUGUUUAUAAUUCUAUCAAUGUAAGGAUAUUUUUUAGUCGAUAGCAGGUAAUAUUUUGUGCUUAUUUAAUAAUCGAUUUCCAUUGGAUUAAAUAUAUAAGAAAAGCAACAGAAAACAUGAAGAAUAGUUGACUCGUAAAGAAAAGAUUCUAAACAUAAUAAAUAUUUCAAUUGUUUUUCUCUUUUGACAAUUUACUUUUUCCCUAGUUGAUAUUUAAGUAGAUUCCACCAGCCAAUAGUCAUCUAAUGCUGUGUGUUUCUGUGCGUUAAUUUCAUUCCUCGUAACAUCAUUCUUUGUUUCUUUCUUUUUGUCUCUCCCUCUCGUAACACACUAACGUAAGUUGGAAACACUUGUGUUAUAUCUAUUUGUAUAUUAAUCAUAAUCAGCAGCUGAUUAGAACAUUUUUGACAAGGUUAGUAUACAUUAGAAUAUUUGUAAAAAAGUUACAAAUAAGAUUUUUUUGCAUGAAUUCAAUAUAUAAUUUUUUUUAAAACUAAUGAACAGAACUCAAAAUAUAUUUUAUUGUAUAUUAAUAGAGUGAUCUUCAUAACAAAUAGGGAGGAAGUCUUUGCAUAAACGAAAGAACUGAAUCUUUUACUGCAUGUUAAUAGAAUUUUUAUGUUUUGACUAGGAAGCAAGUUUAAAGUAUUGAACACAAUAAACAUGUUUUUCCACUGCAACUCAGUAGAGUUUUCGCCACACGUACUUAAGUCACAAGCUUUUGUAUAGACUAAUAGAGUACAAAACUUCUUUUGCUGCAUUUGUGCAGAAUAUAUUUGUUGAAUUAAAUAUGGAAUUUUUUUACAGCAAUGAAUAGGUUUUAAAAAAUUAUUGAAUAAUUAUAGAAUAGUCUUCACAAGACAUAGGCGGGAAGCCUACAUGAAUGAAUGAACGCGAUCUUUUAAUGCAUGCUUACAGAAUUUUUGAUAAGUGAUUUAGGAAUAAUGUUUUUAAAAAGUGAACAGAAUAUCAACUUUCUAACAAUAUGACUAAAUGAAGUAAUGUUAAGUAAUUAAAGUUUAACGUUCGUUACCCCCAGUUACGCAAUUACAACUAUUUGUAUUUUAGACCUUCUUGCCGUUUGCUAUUAUACGGCGACAAAUUAGUAGCACAUGAAAUCUAUUCAAAAAUAAAUCCAAUAGAAAGAGCAGUAGAAGUUAAUCAGUGAAUCAUUGAGUAUUUGAGUCCUAUAAAUAAAAUACAUUGAAAAUUUUUUCAAUAUUUUUAUUAGAAGAUUUCUAUAUGUAAUUUCGCAGUUAUCAGAAGAAAAGAACUGUUACAUAUACAUGUAUCUCUAAUUACAGUCGACUUUUUAAACAAAGUAGAUAUACAUGAAAUGAAAAUAUAAUAUGUAAAUUUUUUCAAAAAAUAUGAACUGUAUUUAGAGAUAUAUGUAUAUCUAACAACAGUUUUUUUUCUGAUAACCGUGAGAGUUCACAGAAAUCUCCUAAUAAAAAAUAAUUAAUAUUCAAAAUUGAAAAAAUUGUCUAUGUACUUUAUAAUACUCAAAUAUUAACCCGUGAAAAAGUAAACUUUCAACGCAUUUAAACCUUCAACAAAUGUCCGAUUUUUCGCGUUUUAAUGCGUUUGCUUAAGUACCGAGGUUAAAACUUUCUGUUUUCACUCCCUACAACGAGUUUCAAGCUGAAAUUCAAUUCAAUUGUUAAAGCGCGAAAAUUCGAACAUUUGUUGAAAGUUAAAAGAAGACAAAAUAACGAUCGUUAUAACGCGCUAUUUGCUUAUUUUUGACUGCUAGUGUAUAAAAUUUUUUUUUAUUAUAUAUAUUAUAGUAUUUAAUAUUAUAUAUUGAUGAAAUAUCUCCAUGCCAAUCUCAUUCAAUAGCAGGAUUUAUGUCAUUGUUAACAGCAUUAAUCGAGCUUUUUGCGUUAUUUUUUGCUCAAAAAUUUCUUAAAUAUCUUGGUAGAAAUAUAUGUUCAAUUCUAAUAUUUAUUGCAUUUUCAAUACGUUUCUUUGGUUAUUAUUCAAUUGUUCGACCUUAUUUUAUAUUAAUUGUGGAAGCAAUGCAUUUUUUUAAUUUUGGUAUAUUAUAUGUACUUAUUUGUAAACAAGCUCUUCAUAUUGCUCCAAAUGGUCUCUCUGGAACGCUUCAAGGCUUAGUUUAUGGAAUUUGUUUUGGUUUAGGUCGUGGUGUUGGUCUAAUUAUAUCCUUUUUUAUUUCAAUGUGGUUCAAUAAACGACGUCUAUUUUUAAUAUCUUCUAUAUUCAAUGUAAUUAUGGCUAUUAUUUAUUUAAUAUAUUACCUAUUAAAUAAACGAAGAAAAUUAUCUGAAGCUAAUAUCAAAAUUGAUGAAGACCGUUUGUCUAAAAAUGUUUUGACACAAUUAAAAUCAAAUCCGACAGAAGGAUCUCUAUAUAAUGAUGAUAAUAAUCAAUAA